GAUCACAGCGUGCGUCCCUGAGCGUAAAUGACAGAAGGCUGGAGGACCGUCUCUCUCCAAGGACAGGCUCUGAUUACAGCUGCUCAACAUGGCACCCAGAGACCCUCUGCUCGGCACUCUGAAGGUGUGCGUCCUGAACCUGCAGGGUGAUGGGGAGAUGGUGACAGAGUCCAACCCUCACCUCGCAUCCUGCUGUGAGCUCCUAGAGCUGAUCCUCAGGAAGGGGCUCCAACAGCCAGUUCUCAGUCUGGUACACAGAGAUUACUGGCAGUGUUUUGAACAACUUCCACACCAAGAUAUCUGUGGCAGGCUGUCUGCUCUGUCCUUGGCAGUUGAGCAGACCAGAGUUUGCAGGAAGCUGCUUUCAGCUCAGGGUCGAGGUCGCUACCUGCUCAGACUGGCCCUCAGCCGCAAGACCCUGCCACAGUUCUUCACACACCUGCUGCACACACCCAGAGUCCUGGAGUGGUACAGCCCAACUUUAUCUAUUCUCAGGAAUGAGGAGUUUGUGGAGCCUUUCAUGUCGCUGCUGCUGGUCCUGUCUCACAUGGAAUUCAAACUGGACAUUGAGAACUGCAGUUUUCUAGAUGAGAGCUGGCUUCUACCGGUGUGUGAGCUGUAUGAAGUGGUGCCCUGUCGGGAGGUUGGGAUGGUUCUGAGGUAUCUCAGUGGGCGUGUCUUCGUCCUGGACCUGAUGCCUGGCAGUCAGGCUCACGUCGACAAGUUCAUCUCUCCUGGUGACAUUAUUGAUGAGAUCAAUGGGACCUCGCUAAGAAAUUCUAAAAAUGGGCAGGCAGGUUUGGUUUUGUCUCGGCUGAAGGGCUGCCCUUUGACCAUCCGUGUUAUGAGGUGGAGGGCCCAUGAUGGAACAGUGUAUCGGCCCCUUAUUAAACUCCUGCGAGCUCUGAGGGCAGAGAACCCCACUCUGCAGCUCGGUCCGGCUUCCACCGAACAAACAUCCAGUAAAGACCAGAAGCCUCUUCCUUCACAGUGUCUCAAAGAGGGAAGGAUUGUGUACAUUGUGCAGUUCUUGGGAAAAGCAAACAUCGGAAUGUUUGGAGGCAAGGAGGUGCUGCAGCAUGCAAUCCCUCAAGUGUUGCAGAAAAACCUGCCCAGCAAGGAUGUGCUCUUAGAUAUGAAGGAAACACAUCUGACGUGCACAGACAGGAACAGUAAACAGGAGCUCUUUGAACAUCAUUAUCCAGAGAUUUCAUGUGUAGGGAGAUUUUCUCAACCAGACUACACAAUAUUUGCAUUCUGUGUGGCAUACUCUCCAGAAACCCCUCAGUCCACAGGCUUCUGCUGUAUGGUCCUCAGAGCCAGCACUGUCAAGGAGUGUGAGGAGAUAGUCUGCCGUAUUGCUACUGGUUUUAAACAUACUGAAUGGUUUGUAUAACAAAUCAACUGUGUUCAACUCAUGUUAUAAAUAAAAUGCACGAUGAAUCAGUG